CGCCGCCGAUGCGCCUGGUGGCCGGACGCCAAGGGGGACCCGCGGACACGCAGCCUCGCGGGUCAGCGGAAGCUGAUGGAGAAUCGAGCUCUGGAUUCAGGGACUCGGGACUCCUAUGGUGCCACCAGCCACCUCCCCAACAAGGGGGCCUUGGCUAAGGCCAAGAACAACUUCAAAGACCUGAUGUCCAAGCUGACGGAGGGCCAGUAUGUACUGUGCCGGUGGACAGAUGGACUGUAUUACCUCGGGAAGAUCAAGAGGGUCAGCAGUUCUAAGCAAAGCUGCCUUGUGACUUUUGAAGAUAAUUCAAAAUACUGGGUCCUAUGGAAGGACAUACAGCAUGCUGGCGUUCCAGGGGAGGAACCCAAGUGUAACAUCUGCCUGGGGAAGACAUCAGGGCCGCUGAAUGAGAUCCUCAUCUGUGGGAAGUGUGGCCUGGGUUACCACCAGCAGUGCCACAUCCCCAUAGCAGGCAGUGCCGACCGGCCCCUGCUCACACCCUGGUUCUGCCGACGCUGCAUCUUCGCACUGGCUGUGCGGAAAGGCGGCGCGCUGAAGAAGGGUGCCAUAGCCAGGACACUGCAGGCCGUGAAGAUGGUGCUAUCCUACCAGCCUGAGGAGCUCGACUGGGAUUCGCCCCACCGCACCAACCAGCAGCAAUGCUACUGCUACUGCGGUGGACCCGGAGAAUGGUACCUGCGGAUGCUGCAAUGUUACCGGUGUAGACAGUGGUUCCAUGAGGCCUGCACACAGUGCCUCAAUGAGCCUAUGAUGUUUGGAGAUCGGUUCUACCUGUUCUUUUGCUCCGUGUGUAACCAGGGCCCAGAGUACAUCGAGAGGCUGCCCCUGCGAUGGGUGGAUGUGGUUCACCUGGCCCUCUACAACCUGGGGGUACAGAGCAAGAAGAAGUACUUUGACUUUGAGGAGAUUCUGGCCUUUGUGAACCACCACUGGGAGCUCCUGCAGCUUGGCAAGCUCACCAGCACCCCUGUGACAGAUCGAGGACCACAUCUCCUCAACGCUCUCAACAGCUACAAAAGCCGGUUUCUCUGCGGCAAGGAGAUCAAGAAGAAAAAAUGCAUUUUCCGCCUGCGCAUCCGCGUCCCACCCAACCCGCCGGGGAAGCUGCUGCCCGAUAAGGGCCUGGUACCAAGUGAGAAUGGUGCCGCCUCCUCCGAGCUGCGUAAGAGAGGAAAGAGCAAGCCUGGUUUGUUGCCUCACGAAUUCCAGCAGCAGAAAAGGCGAGUUUAUAGAAGAAAAAGAUCAAAGUUUUUGCUGGAAGAUGCUAUUCCCAGUAGUGACUUCACCUCAGCCUGGAGCACCAACCACCACCUGGCCAGCAUAUUCGACUUCACGCUGGAUGAAAUUCAGAGUUUAAAAAGUGCCAGCUCGGGCCAAACCUUCUUCUCAGAUGUGGACUCCACCGAUGCCGCCAGUACCUCCGGCUCCGCCUCCACCAGCCUCUCCUAUGACUCCAGACGGACAGUGGGCAGCCGCAAGAGGAAGCUGGCAGCCAAAGCGUACAUGCCCCUGCGGGCCAAGCGGCGGGCGGCCGAGCUGGGCGGACGCUGCCCCUCGGACAGCAGUGCCGAGGGGGCUUCAGGACCCGAGCGGCCAGAUGAAGGCAUCGACAGCCACACGUUUGAGAGCAUCAGUGAAGAUGACUCGUCUCUGUCCCACCUCAAGUCCUCGAUCACCAACUACUUUGGUGCAGCUGGGAGGUUGGCCUGUGGGGAGAAGUACCAGGUGUUGGCGCGGAGGGUCACGCCAGAGGGCAAGGUUCAGUACCUGGUGGAAUGGGAAGGGACCACCCCUUACUGACUGCCCGUUGGUGGGGGAUGCCAGGAGCCCUGAAAACCAAAGGAGGGACAGCAGAAGCCAUAGGCUCCCACUUUCCCCAGGCUGGGGCUGGGGCUGGGGAGGGAAGCAGGACAGAGCUGCAAGUGCCUGGCCAGAGGCCCCACAUACCUGCUCACCGGGCCGAGGCCGAAGCCUGCACUGCUGCUUUGCCGGUUGUUCUCUGGCUUCUCAAGGCUCAUCACCCUCGUGCCUGGGUCUGAGGUCCCGCUGGCUCUUUUCCAGCAUCCCUGUAACACUCCACACCCCUCAAACUCUUUAUUAGUUCCUCUGGAUUUGUGUCCCCUUGGUUCUGUGACCCUCUUCCUCCUCAGGCCCAAUCUUUUUGUCCCCGAGUCUCCGUUCCCGCACCUCUCACCCCUUUUGGGUGUGUCUGUGUGUUUACACAACCUCCACGUGCACAUCUGUCCCUCCACUGGAACCCUCACACCUGACCCCUGGGCAGCAGUCCUCCCGGGAACCCCAUUGUGAGAAUGGGAACCUGAGGGAGAAUGGCUGAAAGUGGAGCUUCUCUUCCACCCUUUCCUGCCACUUCCUCUUGCUCCUGGAAAAAGUGUGUUGUGUGUGUGUGUGUUGUGUGUGUGUGCGCAUGCGUGCCUCUGGGAAAACCCCUGUGGCACAGACACUGGGACGCAGGACCUGGGGAGUGCAAAGCUGUAUCUCUGCUGCAGAAGGCAUCAACAUCAGGCCUCAUCUCGAGGGAAACCAAAAGUGGGGGGGGGUGGACGCCACAUUUUUGCUGCUUCCAGAGAUAUUAGAAACUGACUUAUCUGAUUGGAAAGUGGAAAGAAGUGCCUUGACUGGGAGUGGGGCACAGGGGCACCAGACUGGCACCAGCCUUGCCAGCUGCUGCUGUGGCCUCCAGCUUGGCUGGGAUUUGCAGACCACCAGCUGGACAGCGAAGGAGUAGAAGAGCGAGUGCAGCAGCAGGACAGCAGGCCUGAGAAGCUUAUUUUUCCAUUACUAGCCCUGCCCCCUGCCCGCCUGUGAGCAUUCAGGAGAUCUCUGACAUAGGUUAGACAGCUCUGCCUUAAACCUCAGCUCCUCUAGUGCCUUUCAAAGGGACCUCACCUGGGCACAGCACGUUUACUUCUCUCCGCCUGCUUGGCACAGCCAGGCAGGGACAAGUAGGCACUGGGCCCAGAUCUCAGCCCCACAGCUGCUGCCACUGAGCCCCCGCAAAUGGGGCCAGGUGGAAGGGGAGCUGGGAAGCCAGCACCCAGCCCAGCAGGGGUGUGGGACCCGGGAUCCAAUCUGUGGCUUCCUGCUGGCCUCAGAGCACAGCAAGCUCACAGGCCUGCUUUCAGACUCCAGAGAAACCAGCAUGCGUGGGGCCUGUUUCAGCACCUUCCCUACUUUGGGCUCCAGAGAGACUCUGGGCCCAAAGGGAAGAGGUCGGAAGGGGUGCCCACUUGGGAAGACAGCACAAGGCCUAACAAGGUCACCUGACCCCCCACCCUAGCAUUUCAGUCAUACCAGAUAAUAGCUGCAUUACUGCCAACUGACCUUAAUAACCCUGUGCACCUUCUAAAAGAUCAUGGUUUUGAAUUGCUGCUUUUAAUAACAUUUGUUAUAUUAAAGUUAUAAUUAAUGUGUCCGGUUUACAAUGUAAAAA